AUGAAUGUGGAUGAUAUUAUUUAUAUGUCAAUACUGUUUUUAUGUAUCGGAUCUGGUCACUACUACCGAAAAUACCUUAAUAAUAUUGCAUUAAAGAAAUGGAUUGGAACGGCUUGUGGGUUCUUAAUUGUUUUCAUUGUGUCCGGGGUUCAUAUCUUACAUCCUCUGUUGAGCGCUAUUAUAAAUAAUUUUAUAAUUCUAUUCGUUGAUAAAAGAAAAUGUCACUUAGUAAGUUUUACAUUUAUGUUCCUAUACCUAUUUUUCUUUCGAUGUACCACAUGGUUUGGUAUCCCGUAUCCACCAGCUCAUACUAAUCUCAUUCAAAUGAUUUUGACAUUAAAGCUCGUUGGACUGGCAUUUGAAGUCAACGAAUCCCACACACAAAAACUGGUAGCUAAGAAAGAACAAGAUCAUGAUUCAUCAGAAAUUAAUCCAACAUUCAUUGAAAUGUUUCAUUAUGGAUUUAAUUAUAUAGGGGUCUUAACUGGUCCAUACUACAGUUACAAGACGUUUAGCGAUUAUCUAAGAUUGCCCUACAGCAAAGCGGCCGACUGUAUGGGUGAAACAAUUAAAAAACUGAAAUGGGUGCCAAUAUUUUCUAUAUUAUUUCUGAUAUCUGAAAAUAUGUGGCCAGUAAAUUAUGUCACAACUGAUGCAUUCAUGGAUAGAUCCUUUCUAUAUCGAUUGUGGUAUGUGUGGCCUGUAUUUUUUACUUUUCGAAUGCGCAUUUAUAUAGGACUAAUCCUUAGCGAAUGUGUUUGUACUAUGGCUGGCUUGGGAGCAUAUCCAGCGUCGACGCACCCGACGCCAGGUGGUGGACCUACUGUUGAAUAUAAGGGAAAAAUGGAUAUAAUGUCUUUGAAAGAUGAAGAUAUGGAUUUUGAAGUGAUUCAUAACAUUGACCCGGUUAAAACAGAUACAUGCGUAACUUUCAGAGAAGCUAUGAAAACUUGGAAUAUGUGUGUUCAAUAUUGGUUGGCUAAAAAUAUCUACAAAAGAUUUCCAAGCAAGAAAUAUAGAACUAGUGCAACUUUGAUGGUGUCUGCCUUGUGGCAUGGCAUUUAUGCUGGUUAUUACUUUUGUAUACUCGGUGCACCAUUUUAUUUGCCAAUUGAGGACCUAUAUGAAAAUCUAUUCCGGAAAUAUUCCAGUGGUAUUGCUCGUCAAUUGUGGAACCACCUGUUUUGGGCUAGCAAAAUGUUUGCAUUUUCAUAUAUGGGAAUAGCAUUUUUACUUUUGAAGGUUGACUUGGUGUGGAAAUAUUACAGCUCUGUUUAUCAUUUUGGAUAUAUUCUCUGGAUUGGAUUAUAUCUUGGUGGUUUAUUAAUUCAAGAUCAGCAGAAAAUCAGAAGAAACCGUAAUAGUUCUCAGAUAGCUAGCGAAAUCAGUAAAGGGAUUUCUGCAGACUCUGGAGCAAAAAUCCAUACUGGUAUUAGAGAAUCAAAUAAAUCAAAUGACUUUAAUGAAGUGCAGUAGUUCUUUACUGGUGACAUGAUUACAUAAAAGUGAUUUUAAUGAUAACCAAAUACUAGGUUUUAAUUUGCUGGAUAAAUUAUGCUAUCCAUUUGAAUUUGAAAAUCGGAAUACGGAUAAUGAAACGAUUUUUUUUAUGUAAAAAAGGAUAUUUGUGUCAUGGGUAAAAGUUUCCAAAUGUU